ACUCCCCUCAUCCUAGUUUCAAUUUGAAUAAAAUCCUAAUUCUAAUCCAUGGGUUUUCAACAAGUUUAUUUGACAUUGCUAGGGCACAAUGUCAAAGUAUUCUCUGUGUAUCUUUUUGUUAUGGACCUAAUAAGUGUUUUAAGUAGUAGCAGAGAUGGUAGCCAUCUCCCUAACUUGCCAGGGUUUUGCCUAGUUAAAAUAGGGUAUAUGUUCAAAUGUUGAGGGAGAGCGUAAUUAUUAAAACAGCAUGAACAAUAAUGGAUGUUUAAAAUGUAUCUACCCAGUCCCUUUUGUUAUUGGGAAGAAUAUGCUCACGACAAAUACCCUGUGUCGGGGCUACUUGUAGUGCAUGUAAAGUAGGCACUCCUGGGGCUGAGUCCAGGCAAAGCUAUAAAGUUGAGACAGCUCACUGAUGCGUUUUUGCUGCAGCCUCAUGUCUAUAUCCUGGGGACAGUCAUUUUGUGAUGUUACUGUUCUCAUUGCCAAGUUUAUCUCAUCAUAAAAGAGGGCUUGCUUCUUAUUGGUUAAGAAAAUAUAUAAUUUGCAGUGUAGAAUGUUUUUUUUUGAUGGAAUUAUUGUUGGUGAAUAUAAGAUAAAUAUGCUUUCUUGAAACUAUAUAUGUAUAUAUGUGUGUGUAUACACACAUAUGCAUAUGCAUAAGAAAGAAAUUACUUUAAUUAAUUUUUACUACUCAUAAAAUUUUAAUUAAUUAAAUUUAAUUAAUAAUAAAAGUUAAGCACAACAAUCAAUAGAAACCCCAUAAAAUAUUCAGGAGUCAGUGUACCACUGAUGGAGGUUUUGAUGACAGAGACUACAUGAGCAUCUCAGGGAUGAGAUUAUGUGUAGAAAUCUGAACUAUUAAGUGAAAAGUUGGGCUAGAUACAUUUUAAGGCAUAUUUCAACUCAAAAAUUCUAUAAGUAUUUAAUUCCAUGCUAUGCCUAGACAAGGUGGAAAAUUUAAAAGUAAAUAAUUCUAAAAUUUAUAAAGGUUCUUUGUGCUUUUGUUAUACCACCCUUGAUUCUGAUUUCUUUAAUUUUCUUAUAUGCCCUGUAUGUAUAUGUUAGUUUCGUAUUAAUAAUACUAACAAAUACUAGCUUUUAAAUAGUUCUAUGUAUAUGUAAUAUAUGUAGUAGCAUAUAAUAAAGAGUAAUAUAUUAAAAACCCACUGCCGUCGAGUCAAUUCCAACUCAUAGUGACCCUAUAGGACAGAGUAGAACUUCCCCAUAGAGCUUCCAAGGAGCGCAUGGUGGAUUCGAACUGCCUACCUCUUGGUUAGCAGCUGUAGCACUUAACCACUACACCACCAGUGCUUCCAAAGUUAUAUAUAGAGAGAGAGAGCCCUGUUGUUGUAGUGGAAACUUUGGUGGUCUAAUGGUCGACCUUAGAAACUCUCCUUGGAAAUUCUAUGUGGCAGUUCUACUCUGUCCUGUAGGGUCGCUAUGAGUUGGAAUCUAUUCAGUGGCAAAGGGUUUGGUUUUGGAUUUCGUUGGUGUCGUGGUUGAGAGAUCGGCUGCUAAACCCUAAGGGGCAGUUCUACUCUGUCUUAUAUUGUCACUAUGAAUCUGAAUCAACUUAAUGGCAACAGGUUUUUUUCAUUUAUAUAUUUUUCACACCAGUGUUUUUCACACUUAAGCAUGCAACAAAAUCACCUGGAGGCCUGAUUUCACCCCAAAUUAUAAGUCCCAUCUCAGAGUUUUUAUUUAGGAGGUUGGCAGUAGGGCUGAAGAAUUUGCAUUCCUAAUAAGUUCCCAAAUGAUUCUGAUGUUGCUGAUUUGGGGGCCACACUUUGAGACUCACUGUUUCAUAUCACUCCCCACAGAACCACAUGAAACGUCUUUCCUCUCUCUGCUUCUUCCUAGUCAACUUGUGUUUUUUCUCCAACAGGAAUCAUGUUAUCUGAAGGAAAUCAAAGUAUCAUGCCCACGUUUAUACUGUUGGGUUUUUCAGAAUACCCAGACCUCCAGGUUCCACUCUUCCUGACUUUCUUGUCCACCUACACAGUCACCGUGGUGGGGAAUCUAGGCAUGAUAAUAAUUAUCAGGAUCAAUCCAAAACUCCACACGAUUAUGUACUUUUUCCUCAGUCACUUGUCUUUUGUGGAUUUCUGUUAUUCCACCGUAGUUACACCCAAACUGCUGGAGAACUUGAUUGUGGAAGACAGAACUAUCUCUUUCUCUAGUUGCAUCAUGCAGUUUUGUCUUGCUUGCAUAUUUGGAGUGACAGAAACAUUCAUGUUAAUGGCGAUGGCUUAUGACCGUUUUGUGGCAGUUUGUAACCCCUUGCUGUAUACCACUACUAUGUCUCAGAAGCUUUGUGUUCUGCUGGUUGCUGGGUCCUACACAUGGGGUGUAGUGUGCUCUCUGACACUCAAAUACUUUCUUCUCACAAUAACUUAUCGUGAGUCUAGCAUUAUAAACAAUUUUAUCUGUGACCACUCUGUAAUUUUUUCCAUCUCCUACUCAGACCCCUACAUCAAUCAGAUGCUGUGUUUUAUUGUUGCCAUAUUCAAUGAGGUGAGCAGCCUGAUGAUCAUCUUUACUUCCUAUGUAUUCAUUUUUAUCACUGUCAUGAAGAUGCCUUCUACAAGUGGACUCCAUAAAACCUUCUCUACCUGUGCCUCCCACCUGACUGCUGUCACCAUCUUCCAUGGGACCAUCCUUUUCCUCUACUGUAUCCCUAACCCCAAAACUUCCUGGCUCAUAGUUAAAGUGGCUUCUGUGUUUUAUGCUGUGAUGAUUCCCACAUUGAAUCCCUUAAUCUGCAGCCUUAGGAACAAGGAUGUGACGGACACAUUCAGAAAAUUAGUUAAAACAAAACUCCUUUUUCAAUCACCACGAUAUUGUUAGGUUCAGUAUUUUAUAUUCCAAAAAUAAUUUGAUUCAUUAUGCUAAAGAUUGUUCAACUCGCAUAGUAUAAUUUAUUAUUCAGAUUAUUUUACCCAGUAGCCUGUGAGUUAAUACAUCUACAGUAGUAGCAUAUGUACGAUUUUAUGAUGACUGAUGUUUCCAUACAUCAAUGUUUAGUGAAAUAGCUCUAAAGCACGUGUAAACCAAAAAUUAAAAAAAUAAAAUUCUCAACUUGUUGCAAUAUACGUGAAUUAUUUUAAAAUACUUUACCAUAUAUGGUGUAAUUUUUUAUGUGUGUUCCCGAAGUAAAUCAAAUUCCUAGU